AUGGAAAUGCAUGGGAAGUGCAUCCUGCUGGCGCAGGCUGUGUCGAGCGUGCCGCAGGCGGUACGUGGGAUCGCUUUGCAGCAUGGGAAUGCAUGUGGGAAGGAGUUCAUGGGAGUGCAUGGGGGUGCAAGUGGGAGGGAGUGCAUGGGGAUACAUGCUGCUGGUGCAGGACGUGUCCAGCAUGCUAGUGCACGCAAAGACGCUGUCGCCAAGCUCGCCCAAGUGCUGGGUCAGCACGCCGCUUCCUGCCAUAUCCGCCCUCGUCCUAGCCAGGCCCUUCCUGCUCCCCUCCACACUCCUCUGCCCCUCCGUAAAGCACUCUACCCUCCUUACUGCUUCGCACCCUUCAUUCCCUUCCCUCCCUUCAGACCCUUCACUCCCGUCGCUCCUGCCUCUCCCGUUGCUCCCGCCUCUCCCUUCGCUUCCGUCCCUCCCGUCUCUCCCUUAUCUCCUUUCCUUCCCUUCGCUUCCGUCACGGGUGGGACGGGAGGGACGGUCGCUCCCGCCUCUCCCGUUGCUCCUGCCUCUCCCUUCGUUUCCGUCCCUCCCGUCUCUCCCUUAUCUCGUUUCCUUCCCUUCAUUCCCUUUGCUCCCGUCACGGGAGGGAUGGGUGGGACGGGAGGGACGGUCCCUCCUGCCUCUCCCGUUGCUCCUGCCUCUCCCUUCGCUUCUGUCCCUCCUGUCUCUCCCUUAUCUCCUUUCCUUCCCUUCACUCCCGUCGCGGGAGGGACGGGUGGGACGAUCGCUCCCGCCUCUCCCGUUGCUCGUGCCUCUCCCGUCGCUCCUGCCUCUCCCUUCGUUCCCGUACCUUUCGUCCCUCCCGUCUCUCCCUUAUCUCCUUUCGCUCCCUUCAUUCCCUUCACUCCCGUCACGGGAGGGACGGGUGGGACGGGAGGGACGGUCGCUCCCGCUUCUCCCGUUGCUCCUGCCUCUCCCGUCGCUCUUGCCUCUCCCUUCGCUCCCGUCCCUCCCGUCCCUCCCGUCGCUCCCUUAUCUCCUUUCCCUCCCUUCAUUCCCUUCACUCCCGUCACGGGAGGGACGGAAGGGACGGUCGCUCCCGCCUCUCCCUUCGCUUCCGUCCCGCCCAUCCCUCCCGUCCCUCCCGUCUCUACCGUCUCUCCUUUAUCUCCCUUCCCUCCCUUCAUCCCCUUCGCUCCCUUCAUUCCUUUCACUCCCGUCGCUCCCGCCUCUCCCGUCGCUCCUGCCUCUCCCUUCGCUUCCGUCCCUCCCGUCCCUGCCAUCCCUCCCGCCCCUCCCUUAUCUCCCUUCUCUCCCUUCAUUCCCUUCACUCCCGUCACGGGAGGAAAGGGAGGGACGGGGUGGACGGGCCAGAAGUGA